AGAAAGGGAGAGAGAAAGUGUGGCCGACCGAAGGCGGUGUUUUUAUACUCCCCCUCAUCUAACGCCGUCAGCGCUCUCGCUCCUCUUUCGAUUUCUCGGAGAUCGUAGAAUUUUUAGGUUUUUGAGAGAGAAGAGAGAGCCCUAAUUCUGAAAUGAACCGUUUAUCCCUUCACCGCAUCAGGUUCAGCUCACACAUUGUCUUCCCAGACCCGAGGUUUUAUGGCUCUAGCCUUAUGAGUGAGAGUAGCUUGCUUUAGGUAAGCAGGCUUCGUGGAGACAAGCUUAUUGAAAAGAAUUAGUUACUGGUUGGUGUUUACUUUUACUUUAGUACUUAAAAAUGGAAGCGACGAACGUAAAGGCAUUGGUUAAUGGCGGGAGAAUUGCCGGCGAGCUUAAGAGAAAAAGAGCGGCUCCGCCUGCUGCAUAUGCUGGCCGUGCCAUGGUAACACAACAGCAGAAUGUGGUACCAUCCUCUUUCAAGUGUUGUGGUAUGAUUAGACCUGAUGACUCUAAACUUAAAUCUCACUCUUCUCCGGAGAAGCAUAUUCUGAGGAACUAUCGGAAUUUUAUGAAAAGUGGGUUGCCCCAUCGAGUGUUAUUUUAUCAGGAUGGGGAAUGGAAAGAUUUUCCUGGCAAUAUUACUAGUCUUGUACUAGGAGAUUUUCAAAUGAAGAAGGCAAUAUCUGAAGUUAUGUAUCAGAAACAGCAACUGUUGUUGGAUUUUGUGCACAUGGUAUACAUAGAUACAGAGACGGGGGCAAGCAAGCCAAUUGCAUGGAUUGACGUACACGGGGCAUGUUUUUUCCCAGAAUUUUUUGCUUCAUACGGGUACCUUGACUCUGAUGAAGGAAAACAUGUUCACUUGCCUUGUGAGCCAAGUGGAACACGAGAAAUGAAUUCACAGUUGGAUAUUUCACUCAGUGCUGCUGAAAGCGCAAAUUCUGAGGCUCCCGAUGAUGAAGUCUUCUCAAAUGUCAAGAGAAUUAGAAGUGUUUCCAGUGAUAGGAACAAAGGCAUUAUCGAUGUGUUUGAUAACAAGAAUGCAACUGCUGGUGUAGAGGAUAAGGGGAUUAAGAGUGUUCCCAGCUACAACAAUAAUAGUGUUAAGAUCAUCUCAGAUAACAAUAACACUACUAAGGGGUUGUUAGAUGACAAGAACGUAACUAAUGAUCUCGAAGAAGUUGUUGGUGAGAAUGAACCAUGUGCUAUAUUCCUUCCAAAGGUUUCUGAUUCUGGAUCUUGUCAGGAGAAAGUUGCAAUGCCUACUGGUGGACCCAGUGCUCUUGGCGCUGUGCAAAGUAUGUUGCUCUAUGGGUUGGGUUCAGUUAUUAAUGCAAAGGAUAUUGCCAACAUCUCCAAAAUACCUUUGGUAAAUAACAUUGGGCAAAUUCGUUUUGAGCUUUUCCGCAAAGAAGUUGAGGCCACUAAGAAUCUCCGGGGCAAUGCAAAUGUUCGUUAUGCAUGGCUAGCUUCUUCCAGAGAUGCCGUGGAAGACGUAAUGUCAGGAGAGAGGGUGAUGUUUAAGAAGCCCAUGCGUGGACCUGCAUAUGGGUUAGGUGUUCAUCUUGCUCCGGCAAAUCGCUCCAAUAUCUGUGCUGGUUACUCUGAUGUCGACGAAAAUGGCAUGAUUCAUAUGAUGUUGUGCCGGGUUAUAAUGGGAAAUGUAGAACUUGUUUGCAAUGGAUCUGACCAGUUUCAGCCCAGUGAUGAAAACUUUGAUAGUGGUGUUGAUGAUCUUCAAUCACCGAAGCACUAUAUUGUAUGGGGAAUGCACAUGGAUAAUCGUAUUUACCCAGAAUAUGUUGUGGCUAUUAAAGUGCCUCAAAAAGCAGAAGAAAAUUUGGCUGGAAAGGAAAGCGUGUCUAAUACAUCUGUGCUUACAAAUUCUGGUUCAUCACAAAGCCUAUUGCAGGAGGGCAACCCCUCUCCAGGCCUGGCCAGUCAGCCUCAGGAAAGAGCUCCAAUGUUCGGUAGACCUCCACGAACUCCAACAUCACCUUGGAUGCCCUUUUCGAUGUUGUUUGCUGCAAUUUCAACCAAAGUAUCUGCUCAUGACAUGGAUUUAGUUAAUAUGCAUUAUGAAGAGUUCAAGACAAGAAAAAUAAAUAGGACCGACCUAGUUAAAAAGUUGAGGCAAGUAAUUGGCGACAAGCUGUUGAUAUCUACAAUAAUGAGACUUCAGCACAAGUUACCGCCUCCGAAGGCGGCAUUACAUGCCCGAAGCUUCAUGCGGACCUCUGAGAGUUGAAGAAUGCAUCUCCGCCAGAUCAUGGGGUUCCUGACUGAAUAAUUUCAGGCAGGCUUAGUUUCAGGUUAGAUAGGUUUUGCGUCAUUUUCCCUUUUUCCGUCCUUGUGUGAUAAAAGCAUGAAUAGCUAAUUUCACCUUAGCGUCAAAACUAGCAGCAACUUCUGUGAAAUGGAUGGUUAUGUAGUGGGGAUUCGGGAUAUGUUGUUUUGAAUGCCAUGAUGAAAGAACUUGUCGACAAUGUAUCUUUGUAUUGCUUUAUAUAUCGUUUUGAGACAUUUUUUUGAUC